AUGUCCAAGGUGGCGUGCGAGAUGGCCGCCGCGCUCCCCGACGCCGGCGCCGUCCAAUCAUGUGGCCGCGGUGGUGCUGGCAGCGCCAGCCCUCGUGCCGACGACGACGCGGGCGCGCCAGCGGAGUCGGUCCUGCUCCGGGUUCCGGACGGCGUCGGCUUGACCCAUCUGUUUGGCGCGGCGCUGCGGCGGGACGGGUCCACCAAGGGCAGCUCCAACCCGAAGGAGGCCGCCGAGGCGGCGACGCGCAAGGGCGCGCCGAGGGCGGCGGACUCGAGGAGGUUGCCGGCCACGACGACGGCCAGCAGCAGCAAGACCGCCGUAGUCAUCGGUGUUCUGCCAGCGAGCAAGGUGGUCGCCAAGGAGCGUCGCGCUCGCGCUCGCGCUCGCGGCCGCGUCGUCGUCGCCAGUGGCGCGUGGCGCCGGCCGGCGGCAGGGGCCAGGGUCUUCGCGAGCGAGGCCGUGGGGCCGGAGCCCGUGUCCCCGAAGGUGUCCUGCUUCGGGGCCGUACUGUCGGAGAAGUCUGCCGCGGUGCCGCCCGCGCCCGGCACGCAAGAGGAAGAGGAAGGGAGCGGGUGCUGGGCGAGCCUGGGGACCGCGCUUCUUGGCCUAUGUCGCGACAGCAAUGAUCGUGAUGGCCGCCUGUGCCGCGCGAGCGAACCAAAUUCGAAGGACACGGCUCCGGAGCCUCAGCGGCAGAGCGUCGCCAUGAUGUCGCCACCGCGGCCCGUGGCGCCGGGGCUGGGAGACGUGAAGCGCCUCGCUUCGCGGCGGUGGCCGGAGACCAUGGCGCGGGGAACGGUUUGA